AUGGUUAUUGGCUUAUUGCCCAAAGUUUUUUCCCAGCUCGCUGGUACCAAAGACGUUUGGUGUUGGAAGGCUACAAGCAACGGGAAGUACUCAACAAAAUCAGCAUAUGCUUGCAUUGAGGAACAAAGGGAAAGAAGUGUACAGGUACUUUUAAUCAAGAACCAUUUGGUUAAAGUUUGGGGGGCCGCUGCACCCCAAAAGGCGAAAGUUGGUGCCUGGAGAGCCUUGAGAAAUCGAUUGCCGACGUGUGACAACUUGAAAAGGAGGAAUAUCCCGUUGGACGAGGUCGAUGCUGUGUGCAGCGCCUGCUUCCAUCACAACGAGUCGGUAAAUCAUCUUCUUCUGAAAUGUCCGAAGACAGAGAUGGUGUGGGUCGAAAUUCAUAGGUGGAUUGGAAUUUCUACUGCGCAGCCACAGCUCAUCAACAUGCAUUUCGAGUCAUUCAUAAACUUAGGCACGGGGAAGGAAAAUGAGAAAUUUCUUACGGCUCUUUGGAUUUGCACCGUGUGGCAGCUGUGGAAGAAACGAAAUGAGUGUAGGUUCGAUGGCAAGGGGUGGGAGCCGAAGAAUUUGAAUAAGGAUUUUGAGGGGCACAGCUUUGGUUUUGAUGCAUUUCUAAAGAAAUGUGAAUGCUAG